GCCAAAUUGUAUCAGCAUCAUAAAAAAUGAAUACCCCGCCGGGUGUGCUGAUAACAGCUCUGGACUCCCCCCUUUAGUGGUGGGAUGGGACCACAUCAUUUCCCAGCGAUCAACACUACGGCCGCUUGAGACGGAGAAGAAGAAGAAGUGGCAGAGAGCCAGCUCAGCUCAGCUCAGUGUUGCUGACUGCCUCAGUGAACACAGCCCCGCAGCAGCGACAGGCGCGGAGAGGUGAUAGAGCUGUCAAGAAAAUAACCAAACAAAGCUGGAUCAUUACAGUCGCUGACGGCUGGAUUUCACCCUGGGGCCCCCCCACCCGGUGAGGAACAGGCGAGCCGUAGUCAUGUUGUCUUAGCCCGGUCCGGAGAAAGCUGAAACAGCCGAGCGUUUCACCACUAACCGAGGUGUUCCCUGUAAGUGUCGAACAUGUCGGAUAAGAUGUCGAGCUUCCUACACAUUGGGGACAUCUGCUCCCUUUAUGCAGAGGGAUCCACCAAUGGUUUCAUCAGCACCCUGGGCUUGGUGGACGACCGCUGUGUCGUCCAGCCUGAUGCAGGAGACCUCAACAACCCUCCGAAAAAGUUCAGAGACUGUCUGUUCAGACUGUGUCCCAUGAAUCGGUACUCGGCCCAGAAGCAGUUCUGGAAAGCGGCAAAGCCUGGAGGGAACACGGACACGGUGCUCCUCAACAAGCUGCAUCAUGCAGCUGACUUGGAGAAGAAGCAAAAUGACUCUGAAAACAAAAAACUGCUUGGAACAGUAAUUCAGUAUGGGAAUGUCAUUCAGCUCCUCCACCUGAAGAGCAACAAAUACCUGACGGUGAACAAGCGUCUGCCUGCUCUGUUAGAGAAGAACGCCAUGAGAGUGAUGUUGGACACAGCUGGAAAUGAGGGCUCCUGGUUUUACAUCCAGCCCUUCUACAAACUGCGCUCCAUCGGGGACAGUGUGGUGAUCGGGGACAAAGUGGUCCUUAACCCGGUGAAUGCUGGUCAGCCGCUCCAUGCCAGCACACACCAGCUCGUGGAUAAUCCAGGAUGCAAUGAGGUGAACUCAGUCAACUGUAACACCAGCUGGAAGAUCGUCUUGUUUAUGAAAUGGAGCGACAAUCAGGAGAUCAUUCUAAAAGGGGGCGACGUGGUACGGUUAUUUCAUGCAGAGCAGGAGAAAUUCCUCACAUGUGAUGAUCACAGAAAAAAACAAUAUGUUUUCCUCCGCACUACUGGACGACAGUCAGCUACCUCAGCAACCAGUAGCAAAGCCCUAUGGGAGAUAGAGGUUGUGCAGCAUGAUCCAUGUCGAGGGGGGGCAGGUUACUGGAACAGCCUGUUCAGAUUCAAACACCUGGCCACUGGACACUACCUGGCUGCAGAGGUGAAUCCAGAGUAUGAAGAGGAGUGCCUGGAAUCCCGCUCUUCACUGGACUCUGAGCAAGAAGCCUUACGGGCCCGUUUGAGAAAUGUCCAGGAUAAAGUCAUGUACACCCUUGUGUCUGUACCUGAUGGGAAUGACAUCUCCUCCAUAUUUGAGCUUGACCCUACCACGUUAAGAGGGGGAGACUCGCUUGUACCCAGGAACUCGUAUGUGCGCCUCAGACACCUGUGCACAAACACAUGGGUUCACAGCACCAACCAACCAAUUGACAAGGAGGAGGAAAAACCUGUAAUGCUGCGUAUUGGCACCUCGGCUCUAAAAGAGGACAAAGAGGCUUUUGCCAUUGUGCCCGUCUCCCCGGCUGAAGUGAGAGACCUUGACUUUGCAAACGAUGCCAGUAAAGUGCUCGCCUCUAUUGCUGGAAAGCUGGAAAAAGGCACCAUCACACAGAAUGAGAGGAGAGCGGUAACCAAGCUUCUGGAGGAUCUGGUGUUCUUUGUGGUGGAUAUUCCCAACAAUGGACAGGAUGUUCUAGAGAUCAUGGUCAACAAACCCAACAGGGAACGACAGAAACUCAUGAGAGAACAGAAUAUUCUCAAACAGAUCUUCAAGCUGCUGCAGGCUCCAUUCACAGACAGUGGGGACGGGCCCAUGCUGCGACUGGAAGAGCUUGCUGACCAGCGUCAUGCUCCCUUCAGACACAUCUGCCGCCUGUGUUACCGGGUUUUACGUCACUCUCAGCAGGACUACCGCAAGAACCAGGAGUAUAUAGCCAAACAGUUUCGCUUCAUGCAGAAGCAGAUCGGCUAUGAUGUCCUGGCUGAGGACACAAUUACAGCCCUUCUCCAUAACAACCGCAAACUGCUAGAGAAACACAUCACUGCUGCAGAGAUCGACACGUUUGUUAGCCUAGUCCGCAAGAACCGUGAGCCCAGGUUCCUGGACUACCUGUCUGACUUGUGUGUGUCAAUGAAUAAGUCCAUCCCUGUGACACAGGAGCUCAUCUGUAACGCAGUGCUGGAUCCAGCUAACGCAGACAUCCUCAUAGAAACUAAACUUGUGCUGUCGAGAUUUGAGAUCGAGGGAGUUCCGCUCGGGGAGAACUCUGUGGAGUCAGAGGAAGAUGAGGAGGAGGUGUGGUUGUUCUGGAAAGACAGCAAUAAAGAGAUCCGGAGUAAAAGCAUCAGGGAGCUAGCCCAGGAUGCCAAAGAGGGCCAGAAGGAGGACCAGGAGGUGAUCAGUUAUUACAGGUACCAGCUGAACUUGUUUGCCAGGAUGUGUUUGGACCGACAGUACCUGGCAAUCAACAAGAUCUCUGGCCAGCUGGAUGUGGACCUGAUCUUGCGAUGCAUGUCGGAUGAAGACUUGCCCUAUGAUCUGCGAGCCUCCUUCUGCCGCAUGAUGCUACACAUGCAUGUGGAUCGUGAUCCUCAGGAGCAGGUUACGCCUGUCAAAUACGCUCGACUCUGGUCAGAGAUCCCCUCAGAGAUUGCCAUUGACGAUUAUGACAAUGAUGGAACAUCUAAAGAUGAAAUUAAGGAGCGAUUCUGUCAGACUAUGGAGUUUGUUGAGAACUACCUGAGAGAUGUUGUGUGUCAGAGCUUCCCUUUUGCAGAUAAAGAGAAAAACAAGCUUACCUUUGAGGUGGUGAAUCUGGCCAGGAACCUGAUUUAUUUUGGCUUCUACAACUUCAGUGACCUCCUGAGAUUAACCAAGAUCCUACUGGCUAUUCUAGACUGUGUCCAUGUGAGCACCAUUUUCCCUUUCAACAAGCUGGAAAAAGAAGAUGAGAGUAAAGGCAGUAACGUGAUGAGGUCCAUUCAUGGCGUAGGAGAGCUGAUGUCCCAAGUAGUUCUGAGAGGAGGGGGCUUCCUACCUACUACUUCAAACAAUAGCACCAAUGGAGACACAGUCAAGACCCAAACUGAACCUGAGAAACAGGAUAUACUGGUAAUGGACACCAAGCUCAAGAUCAUAGAGAUCCUGCAGUUCAUCUUAAAUGUGCGCCUGGACUACAGGAUCUCCUGUCUACUGUCUAUAUUUAAGAGAGAGUUUGAUGAGAGUAACUCCCAGAGUGAAUUAUCUGUAACUGGAGCAGUGGAAGGACCUAACAAUAUGCCAGGUGCUUUAGAUUUUGAGCACAUAGAAGAGCAGGCAGAGGGGAUAUUUGGUGGAAGUGAAGAGAACACCCCACUGGACCUGGACGAUCACGGUGGCCGUACCUUCUUGAGGGUCCUUCUCCACUUAACCAUGCAUGACUAUCCCCCUCUGGUGUCUAGAGCCCUCCACCUGCUCUUUAGGCACUUCAGCCAAAGGCAGGAGGUCUUGCAGGCUUUUAAGCAGGUCCAGCUGCUGGUCACCAGCCAAGAUGUGGAAAAUUACAAGCAAAUCAAGUCAGACCUGGACCAGCUGCGCUCUAUUGUAGAGAAGUCUGAGCUCUGGGUGUACAAGAGGCAGGGGCCAGACGAGGGCAUGGAUGCAGGAGAAGGACUUUCUACUGAGCCAGAGCAUAAAACGGGGGAUUCAGGGGGCACAGACAAACCAAAGAAAGCAGAAAGUACCAGCAGUUACAACUACAGGGUGGUAAAGGAGAUCCUGCUGCGGCUCAGCAGGCUGUGUGUCCAAGAAGGUCUGUCAGGCAGGAAGAGCAAGAAACAGCAGCAGAGGCUGCUGAGGAACAUGGGGGCUCAUGCUGUUGUCCUUGAGCUCCUACAGAUCCCCUACGAGAAGGGAGAAGAUUUGCGUAUGCAGGAUAUUAUGAAGCUAGCCCACCAGUUUCUACAGAAUUUCUGUGCAGGAAACCAGCAGAACCAAGCCUUGCUGCACAAGCACAUCAAUCUUUUUCUCAACCCAGGGAUUUUAGAAGCCAUCACCAUGCAGCAUAUCUUCAUGAACAACUUCCAGCUGUGCAGUGAGAUCAAUGAGCGUGUGGUUCAGCACUUUGUCCACUGCAUCGAAACGCAUGGCCGCAACGUCCAGUACCUCAAGUUCCUUCAGACUAUUGUCAAAGCAGAGAACAAAUUCAUCAAAAAGUGUCAGGACAUCGUCAUGGCAGAGCUGGUGAAUGCUGGCGAAGAUGUUUUGGUCUUCUAUAACGACCGCGCCUCCUUCCAGACUCUGGUCCAGAUGAUGCGAUCGGAGCGGGACCGCAUGGACGAGAACAGUCCUCUGAUGUACCACAUACACUUGGUAGAGCUCUUGGCUGUCUGCACUGAGGGCAAAAACGUCUAUACAGAGAUCAAGUGUAACUCCCUGUUACCACUGGAUGACAUAGUGCGGGUGGUGACACAUGAGGACUGCAUCCCUGAGGUGAAGAUUGCUUAUAUCAACUUCCUGAACCACUGCUAUGUGGACACUGAGGUGGAAAUGAAGGAGAUCUACACCUCCAACCACAUGUGGAAACUCUUUGAGAACUUCCUGGUUGACAUUUGCAGAGUGUGCAACAACACAAGUGACCGUAAGCAUGCAGAUAUCAUUCUGGAGCGAUAUGUGACUGAGACAGUCAUGAGCAUCGUAACGACUUUCUUCAGCUCACCUUUCUCUGACCAGAGCACCAGCCUGCAGACCAGGCAGCCAGUCUUUGUGCAGCUGUUGCAGGCAGUGUUUAGGGUCUACCAUUGUAACUGGUUGAUCCCAGUCCAGAAGGGCUCUGUUGAGAACUGCAUCAAGGUGCUCUCUGAUGUUGCCAAAGGCAGAGCCAUAGCCAUCCCUGUGGACCUGGACAACCAGGUGAACAACCUGUUUGUAAAAUCCAACAACAUUGUCCAGAAGACAGCCAUGAGCUGGAGACUUUCUGCUCGCAAUGCUGCUCGCAGAGACUCUGUGGUUACUGCUUCACGGGACUACAGGAACAUCAUUGAGAGGCUGCAGGACAUUGUGUCAGCUCUCGAGGACCGUCUACGCCCGCUGGUCCAGGCUGAGCUGUCAGUACUGGUGGACGUGCUGCAUCGACCUGAGCUGCUCUUCCCUGAAAACACAGACUCACGCAAGAAGUGUGAGAGCGGAGGUUUUAUAUGCAAGCUGAUCAAACAUACCAAGCAGCUGCUGGAGGAGAAUGACAGCUGGAUCAGAACCAGCCUGAGAAGCUGUUGGAGGACCAGAAGAGGGGCGAGGCACUGAGACAGAUUCUGGUGAACCGUUACUAUGGCAACUUUCACCGAAGUGGUGGGCGGAGGGACAGCCUGACGUCAUUUAGUAAUGGCCCCCUCAGUCCGGUUGGACCCGGCAAAAGCCAAUCAGCAUUAGGGGGUCCUGGGGGCCUGAGUCGUGGGGAAAUGAGCCUGCCAGAGGUACAGUGUCACCUGGAUAAAGAGGGAGCCUCUGAUCUGGUCAUUGACCUCAUCAUGAACACCACCAGUGACCGAGUUUUCCAUGAAAGCAUCCUCCUGGCUAUUGCGUUGCUGGAAGGUGGAAACACCACCAUCCAGCGUUCGUUCUUUUGCCGUCUGACAGAAGACAAGAAAUCAGAAAAGUUUUUCAGAGUAUUCUACGACCGUAUGAAGUCGGCCCAACUGGAGAUCAAAGCCACGGUGACAGUAAAUACCAGCGAUCUGGGAAACAGGAAGAGAGACGAUGACAGCCAGGACAAAGACGUCCCUGUUCGCAAGAAAGCCAGAGACUCAGCUGUGGUCAUGACAGAGGAUGUGAAAGAGCAACUGUUAGAGGCCUCGUCUGCCACUAAGAAGGCCUUUAACUCUUACCGGCGCGAAGCGGACCCUGAAGACCACUUCAACUCAGCCGACGGCCAGCCCAGCACUGGGGACAAGAACCAGGACGAGGGAGAAAUGAGUUUUGUAAUCAUUAUCAUGCAGCCCAUCCUUCGCUUCCUUCAACUACUUUGUGAGAAUCACAACAGGGACCUACAGAACUUCCUUCGCUGUCAAAACAACAAGAACAACUACAACCUCGUGUGUGAGACUCUGCAGUUCUUAGACUGUAUCUGUGGCAGCACCACAGGAGGUCUCGGCCUACUGGGACUGUACAUCAACGAAAAGAACGUGGCCCUCAUCAACCAAACUCUGGAGAGUCUCACAGAGUACUGCCAAGGCCCCUGCCAUGAAAACCAGAAUUGCAUUGCCACUCACGAGUCCAAUGGAAUUGAUAUCAUUAUUGCUCUGAUCCUGAAUGACAUCAACCCACUUGGGAAAAAGCGGAUGGACCUGGUACUGGAGCUCAAGAAUAAUGCAUCCAAGCUGCUGCUCGCCAUCAUGGAGAGCCGCCAUGAUAGUGAGAAUGCAGAGAGGAUCCUUUACAACAUGAGGCCUAAAGAGCUGGUGGAGGUGAUAAAGAAGGCCUACCUGCAGGGAGAGGUAGAGUUUGAGGACAUAAAGGAGGAGGAGGAUAAUGGGGAAGAGGAGGAACAUGAUGCUGCUUCCCCCAGAAAUGUUGGACACAACAUCUACAUUUUAGCUCACCAGUUGGCACGUCAUAAUAAGGAACUGUCCAUGAUGUUAAAGCCAGGAGGGACCAGUGGAGAGGGAGAUGAGGCCUUGGAGUUCUACGCCAAACACACUGCUCAGAUAGAGAUUGUGCGCCAGGACCGCACCAUGGAGGAGAUAGUUUUCCCUGUGCCCAACAUCUGUGAGUUCCUGACCUCGGAGUCAAAGCUGCGAGUCUACUACACCACAGAGAGAGACGAGCAGGGCAGCAAGAUCAACGACUUCUUCCUGCGAGCCGAGGACCUCUUCAAUGAGAUGAACUGGCAGAAGAAGCUCAGAGCCCAGCCAGUGCUGUACUGGUGCUCCAGAAACAUAUCAGUGUGGAGUAACAUUUCCUUCAACCUGGCUGUGCUCAUGAACCUGCUGGUCUGCUUCUUCUACCCACUGGAGGGAGUGCACGGAGUUAUGCUGGAUCCCCACCUGUCUGCACUGCUGUGGAUGGGAGUCUUGGCAACGCUGGUCAUCGUUAUCAUCAUGCCCCAACCGCUGGGCAUCCGUGCCCUCGUCAUCAUCACCAUCCUCCGUCUCAUCUUCUCUGUUGGUCUGGAGCCCACCCUCUUCCUUCUGGGUGCCUUCAAUGUCUGUAAUAAAAUCAUCUUCAUGAUAAGUUUUGUGGGGAACCGAGGAACCUUCACACGCGGCUACAAAGCCAUGGUGUUGGACUUUGAGUUCCUCUACCACCUCAUUUACCUCAUCAUCUGCUGUAUGGGAGUGUUUGUCCACGUCUUUUUCUACAGUCUUCUGCUGUUCGACCUUGUAUACAGAGAAGAGACCUUGCUGAAUGUGAUCAAGAGUGUAACUCGUAAUGGACGCUCCAUUGUGCUCACCGCUGUGCUGGCUCUCAUCCUGGUCUACUUGUUCUCCAUCGUUGGCUACAUUUUCUUCAAAGACGACUUUAUCCUGGAGGUGGAUCAUAUCCCCAACACAACCCUGAAAAAUGGAGCCAGCCUGGCCAGCGAGUUUCUGUCUGCAGGAAUGUGUCAGGGAGGGAUUGAUGAAAACUGCACCACAGGAGCCCUGCAGGAAGAUUUGGUGGAUGACAGUGAGGAAGACAGCAACAUGGAGCGGACGUGCGACUCUCUACUGAUGUGUAUUGUCACUGUUCUGAGUCAUGGCUUGAGGAGUGGAGGGGGUGUAGGGGAUGUUCUUCGCAAGCCUUCCAAAGAGGAGCCACUGUUUGCAGCCAGAGUGAUAUAUGACCUGCUAUUCUUCUUCAUGGUCAUCAUCAUUGUCCUCAACCUCAUCUUUGGUGUCAUCAUUGACACCUUCGCUGACCUGAGGAGUGAAAAACAGAAGAAAGAAGAAGUCCUGAAGACCACCUGCUUCAUCUGUGGCCUGGAGCGGGACAAGUUUGACAACAAGACAGUGACUUUUGAGGAACACAUCAAAGAGGAACACAACAUGUGGCACUACCUGUUCUUUAUUGUGCUGGUGAAAGUUAAAGAUUCCACUGAAUACACAGGACCUGAGAGCUACGUGGCUGAGAUGAUCGACGAGCACAACCUGGACUGGUUCCCACGUAUGCGUGCCAUGUCGCUGGUGAGCAGCGAUGCGGAGGGGGAGCAAAAUGAAAUCAGGAACCUGCAGGAGAAGCUGGAGUCGACCAUGAGGCUGGUGGCCAACCUGUCUGGACAGCUGACUGAGCUCAAGGAGCAGAUGACAGAGCAGAGGAAACAGAAGCAACGUAUCGGUCUCCUUGGUCAUCCUCCUCACAUGAACAUCAACCCUCAGCAGCCUGCCUGAGGGCCCAUGGGGGGCCAGUUUCACCAGUGCCUGAGCACUCCUGACAGUGUACCA